UAAAACAUCAGAGAGUCUAAUGGGGACAUGGUCAGACUGUCCACACUUAGUGUUUGUAAAUACCGGUGUCUGAGAGGCAUGCUUCCAGAGCGAGGAAUGCGGAAAGAAUUGAUUGUUAUUGCAGAGUUACACUUAUCGUGAACACACACACACACACACACACACACACACAUCUGAAACAUCCAAUAACAUUCAGGUGGGAAAGUCCCAGCAAAUAAGGUUUAAAAAAGAGGCGCUCUGAGGAACACACAACCUGUCCAGAGAAAGGACAAGAGAGAGAGAGAGAGUGAGAGGGAAAAGACAGAUAUAACAGCAUGACUGUGUUUAAGAUCUGCACUGGGACGUUUCUGUUCCUUCUCAUCCUCGGUGCCUUCAUCACGGACACAGAAUCCGCUCGCUGCUGCUUCUCCUACAAACAUCGGCCUGUGCGCUGCAGCAGGCUGAAAGGCUACUCCAUCCAGGAAAUCACCGGGAACUGUGACAUCAGAGCCAUAAUAUUCGAGACCCGGAACAGGAAAUUCAUCUGCGCCGACCCGAAGGUGAGAUGGACUCAGGACAGGAUCACGUGCCUACGGAAGAAGGCUGCAGUUCUGGGGAACGCAGGAAAACUGAAUUGAGGACGAUCUACGGCUCAGAGCGUUAAAUUCAGCCUCAGAUUUAAGAUCAGAACCAAAUAAGGCUUUAUUUAUUUCUGAUUAGAGCAUCUUAAAGGUGUGCUUUUCUACUUUAAUUAGAAUUUUGGCCCCUUGUGGGAGCCGCAGUUUCACUUUCACAUAUUGUGUGCUUUAGUACUCAGACGAUGCUGAGGAAUAUAUAUUUUCUAACGGCCAAAACUUUGAUUUGAUCAAGGGUUUGAUGCUAAAAAGUGUCUCACAUACUGUAUGUAGGUGUAAAAGUGAAUUUUUAGAUCGGAUCAUAUAACACUUUUUAAUAAUACUUUAUGCUCCUUAUCUUCCGAUCCAUGCUUUGUUUUGUUUUUUAUCAGAUACAAAGAAACACAUUUGCUAAAUACAAUUUCAUGCUUUUAGCAUCUGUAACUUUUUUUUAUUCUAAUCUUUCAAUGAUCUCAAUUAAACUUGGCCAAUUUAGAUUUCACAUGAAAAGACAGAAACCUGAAAAAGUGUAUUAUUCUAAAAUGCAAAAUUGUUUAGGUAUCACAACAUGAAUUUGACAUCGUUACGCACACUACAGAUUUUUUGCUUUUUAAGCUUUUACCAACAAACACCUUUCAUGUUAGCCCUGGAAUUUAAAUGAUACAGUGGAACCUUGGAUUAUGAGCAUAAUUAGUUCCGGAAGUAUCGUAUUGCAAAACACUCGUAAACCAAAUCGAAUUUUUCCAUGAGAAAUAAUAUAAACUUAAAUUAUUUGUUCCACAGCCCAAAAAAAACAUAAAAAUAAUUAACACAAAAUAUGAAGUAAAAAUAAAACAAUUUAACCUGCACUUUACCUUUAAAAAAAAGUAAAAAAUAAAUUCCUACAGAUAAGUGUUUCCGUUUGUGCGAGCAGGCACUGUGUGUGUGUGUGUGUGUAAAGCCCCUCUCACCCUUCUCGUCUUACACAAUUACCCUUCCUCCACUCUUUCCACACUCUCAUGCGCACAACAAAAACACUGGUUUAUCAGUAAAAUAAACAAAAAAUCUCCCUGAUGACACUCGAUUGAGCGACACACUAACGGAAUCACUGAUGUAAAGUAAAAAAAAUAAUAAAUUAAAGACAAAGAGCAGGCUGAUACAAAGAAAGAAAAUCUAUUCUUAACCUCCCUAAUGAGACUUUUGCUUUACACGCGCACACACACGCGUGUUAUAAGAAACAUUACACAUGGGCUGUACACACAGGCAUACAAACACACAAUAAAAUAUGUUUUACACACACGUGGUCACAGUGUUAUAGUAAACAGUACACGCGUCUACGGAUGUUGAUUAUACCAGUGAGAGAUGAGCACUAAGACCAGCAGGAGAGACGAUUACCCAAAAUUCCGCAGAGCAGGAGAGAGAAAAACAGUUGGCUCAGUUGUGAUCACGUGAUGCUCGGCGUCAAAACAAGAAGCGCAUACGUGAAACAUGAUACUCGGUGCUCGUAAACCAAGACGUUUUCCAAUUCAAAAUUUAUAAAAAAUCUUUGCUCGUCUUGAGAAACACUUGCAAACCGUGUUACUCGCAAUCCGAGAUUCCACUGUCUUAAUAAUAAUUAUUGGGGAGAUUAAAAAAGCAAUUUUAACUGAAUAGCCUAUAGUUUUCUAUAAAUUAAGGCCACAUGUAUAUGUCUAAUUUGGAGCAUUUAAAUGAGAC